AUGGGAGAAUCUCCUCGGGUGAAGGAAGCUUUUGAUGCUGCCACCAGGUUUCUAGAUCCUGUCCUUCAGAGAGGCAUGCUGAUCUCAUCGCCCUUCCAGGAGAUCCAAAAACACCGUGGGAAGUCCCUCCUGGACAUCCUACUACGCAGCGAUGUCUCGAAGGCAUGUGGAGAUGAGACGUCAAAACGAAGAGAUGUCAUUGGUGUGGCUUUGCAGAAUCUUAGUUCCAUUCAUAUUGCCUUUGUGACGCCGCUGAGCGAUGCCGAGAAGGAGGCCCUCCGCCACAGCACGGCAGACACAGAGGAUGCCGCACUCGAAGAUGCUAAGCGACGCCGGCUUCUCCAUGCACUCCUGGACUUGAUUUCUCUUGAGGGCAUUUACCCGUCGCUUUCCGGGGGAGUUGCGAUUCCACUUCAGAAAAGAGUCAUAUCGGUCCUGCCCGCAGGCGUCAUUGCCCAGCAGCAUCAAGUGCCGCCGCAUGAAAAGCCGCAAGACGAAACUCUUCUUGAACAAGUCAUAGUAGUCCUCGCAGAUAUAGUGUUCGACUCACGGCCGAGCAUACAGCCUGUGGUUCGUGGUCGGAUUCUCAGUGAUAUGAUCAGCGGACUUGCGGACCUAGGCUACAAUUCUGUAGGGCUACCUGACGACAAGAAGACCCAUUACCAGCAUGGCCUCGCAAAAUUACUUGAAGAAACACCCAGCUCGGUAGUCCUUUCGACUCUCUCUCCCUUUCUCCAAGCGGAUCCAGCUCAAUGGUUCAAAGCGGUUGUCUCGGGAUUCUUGUCACGGCUUCCCCUACGGCCGGACGGAGUGCUACAGAUAAUGAUCUUCCUAGCGUCCCAACUGGCACCAAGCCUUGGGGUUGAGGCGCAAGCCCAAACUUCCAAUGGCCCUCGAUUCACGGUACAGGCGAUCAUGCAAACAUCCCGCCUACUUUCGUCUGUGCCGCAAGGAAUGGACCCAGAUGAGUACUUUACCACAAUAGCUCCCCAGCUUCUGGGCUUAAUGGAUGGCGAGGAUCCAGAUUUGCGGAAGACCGCGGCAUACGUCGUUGGUAAUGGUAUCUUAUCGAAGCGAUCAUACGGAUCUCGUGGAACGAUAGGUCACUCAAUAUUUCUAGUACCUAUAUUCGAGGCGCUUACUGCCUGUCUCAGCUCAUCCUCGAUGCAAUGGCUGACUCCUAAGGACGAGGCCAAAAAGUCAUCGGGGCAGGUAUUGGUGGACGAAGCACUAUUGACGCUAGCGGUUGACAGGUUGACCAGCCUAGUCCUCCAACCGCCAAAUCCAGGUCUUGUCAAGAGGAUUGUCUAUCCGGUUCUUCUCCCGCUCUGGGGACUUGCAUGCUAUGCGUUGGAACAGGAGCAGACGGUGCUGCAUGAAAAGGUGCUGACUAUCUUGCAAGCAUACUUUGGUCUCUCGGGUGGAUUAGAGCCACUGAAAAAGCUAGUCGAUAACCUGCUCUGGGAUGGUGGGUCUGCCUGGACUUAUGGCAUCGAAUCUCAGAAGUCCAUAAUACUAGUUAAGCGUAACCCUGCAGAACCAGGACGCAAUGUAGUCCGUCUUGUGGACACUUUGCACUCUCGUGCAAAGCUGUUCCUGAGCAUAUUGGGUGCUGAUUCGUAUAGCGAGGAGAGAACGGGCGAUAUCUUCCUCUAUGUCAGCGAGCGUUGGCUUGUGAAACGCCCUAGCGAACCAGAGACACUCAACACCCUGAAGCUAACAGUGGAGGAUGAAGACUCCAGCGCCAUCAUUCAAAAGCUGGUUAGUGCAAAGCUGGCCGAGACACUUCUUGACAACUUCAAGGAUACACUUUCUCGUCGUCCUCUGAGGGUGCUCGAACUCAUCACUCAGAUCAUCGAUGGCGAACUAUACGGAGCCGAUGCCCGAAAGAAGAAGAUUACCAACACAAUAGGCGGAAAUGUCUCUCUUUCGUCGCUAGCUAAUAUCGUGAACACCGAAGAGACCGGACACGAGGCAGACGCGGACUCAGACUCUACCGAGUCGCUACCUGCUGUAUUCAGUCUACUAUCGACAGUCCUCGCAUCACCCGACUUCACUACCUCCCCAGAAACAGUUCCAGCGCUGGAGAGCCUCAAAUCCAAACUUGACGAGCUCAUCCCCCAUCUCCCUCCCUCCCUAGCCAAACCCGGCACCACCGCCUCCAUGCUCACCGAAAUCCAGCUCAUGUCAUCAAACGAACAGUCCAGCGACAGCAACCCAGCGGUCAAAACCUCCUCUGAAAUCUCCGACUUCGAGACGCACCGUCGAGCCCUCACCAGCCUCAACUCCGACCUCGCCCCUAUCCAAGCCGAAGGCUUCUCCCUCCUCUCGACGCUCAUCAAGAAAUCCUCCCCGGUCCUCGACAUCCCCUCAACGCUGACCCUUCUCCUCUCGAUCCUCACUGACCCCUCAGACGAGCCCCUCACGAACGACGAAUUCGUCUACCUUAACGCCAUCAACCUCAUCGGCACCCUCGCCUCGCGCCACCCACGCACCGUUCUCAAAACCUUAGUGGACCGAUACAUCGACCGCGCCGAAGUCAGCGGCAACCAGAUCGACCAGCGCCUGAAGAUCGGCGAAGCCCUCCUCCGCACCGCCCAGGACCUCGGCGAGGCCCUCACCGGCGAGCCCGCCCGCCUCCUCGGCGAAGGCAUGAUCACCGUCGCCAGCCGCCGGGCCCACAAGCCCGAAGCCCAGAAGGCGCGACGCGAGCGUCUCGCCGCCGAACAACGCAAACGGGAGCGCGAGGCUCGUAAACAGGAACGGGAGGCCCAGGAAAUCGUCAUGCCAUCGGGCUGGUCACUGGGACCAGCCUCGUCGUCAAACAACACCUCCUCCACCUCCCCCAACCCUCUUAUCGAAGACAAUGACGACGAUGACGACGAUGAAGAGAACCACACCCCCGAACAACUCGCCCAGUACGCAAACAUCCUCGACGCAUGGGCCGCAGGCUCGAAACAUGACGCCGAGCCGGACGAUCUCCGCGUACGCGCCUCGGCGCUCUCCAUUCUCGCCACGGCCAUCCAAACCAACAUCCUUGGCCUUGGACCAUCCAUUAUCGGCCCUGCGGUGGACCUGGCGCUGGCGACCCUGACGAUGGAGCCCGAGGCGGAGAGUGCCAUCCUGCGCCGCGCCAGCGCAGUGCUCCUGCUCGACAUCCUCAAAGCUAUGGAUACCGUGCGCGAGGAGAAAGGCACCGAGGCGCUGGGAUUCGGGUUCUCGUUGGCGGAGAACCAGGAAUCAAUCAGUCAGGCUGGGGGGCCAUCGACAACAGUGGUCGGGAAUAUCCCGCGGAUGCUGCGGACACUGAGCUUCGUGGAAAGCUGGGAGACGGAUUCGAUUGUGCGGGGUCAUGUUCGGGCUGUGGUGGAGAGUCUCGAGGCGUGGCUGGAGAAGGCUUUGAUGUGGGGGAUUGGGGCGGCCACGAGGAGUGCUGGUGCUACGGUGGAUCAAGAUGGGGAGCCUAGAAUGGAGUUGGGCGAUCGCAUCGCGGGACUGAGCAUUGAUCCUUUGUCUGGAACGCGAGAGGCCAGUCUGCGGCCCAGGAUCGAGGAGAUUGAGUAGUCGUGGAUGGUCUUCUUAUUUACGUGAUGAGUUUGGCUAUAACUGAUAUGGAAUGAAUUGGAGAUUGCUUCGGGUUUGACUCUUCACGUUCCACGUUCUCCGUCCUACUAUCCUCUCUGGCCAUACUUUCUCUCCAUUCGGAAAGUCCAUGGAUAUCCAUGAUCCAUGGACAUCAUUAACACGAUUUUCAGAACAGCAUUGCUUUCAUAAAUACGAG